AUGAGAUCACCCAACAAUGGCUAUCAAGAAAUCAUCCACUCUGAGAAUCACCACUUCCCCAUGGCUAACCCUUCGUUCUUCAAGCGAACCAGUCAGAAUGCAAGUGUCAAAGGUGGCCAACCAGUCAGUGUCUCAGCGCCUCCGAUCAUGAUGCUGAUUUUACAGGAGGAUAGUUUCCCUCUCUUUUCCUCGCUUCUUCUCUUCUUCCUUUUCUCUUACUCACCCACUCUGUCUUUUCCUCCCCCUCCUGUUCCUUCUCUCAAUCGGCUUUCUUCUAUCCUCUCCAGUCCCAUCUUCACUUCUUCUCUUCCCCCUUUUCGUGUUGCCUUAACCAACCUAAUUUAUCCUGUCCUCGUUGUCUUCUUUUCCACCUGCAGUCCUUUUCCUUUUCAUUUCAGACUUCUUCGCCUGUCAAUUCGGAAAAGUUUUAUUUAA